UGCAGGCAUGAUGUGAAUGGUUUGUGUGGCGAUGACUCAUAUUCGUUUCUCAUAUUCUGCUCUGUGCACAGCACAGUACAUGCUAGAUUUAAAGUUUAUUAAAAACCGUGUUAUUGAUGAAGUAAGAGUUUCGUGAUUUUGAUUUAUUUGCAGGAUAAAGAUAGUGACUUAUUGGUAAUUCAAAUGUUUUUCGCGGUAUGUGCCUGCGUUUACGGUGAAGUUCUUAGUUCCUAUUUGUACACAAAUGUUGAAUUAAAAUACCUGUUGUCAACAUUAUUUGGAUUAUAACAAUUUGCUGACAAGCCAGGAGAGACUGGUUUUUGCUCUUCCAGAUUUAGACCGUGACGUUACACCGCAGCGUCAUGUCAGUCUGCCUCGAAAGUAGUCGGGCGCGAGACGGUUUGAAGCUUCCUCUGAAUCGAAGUUUCAGCGAGCCUGGUCCUCAGACGCCAACUCUAUCUCUGAGCGCCCCAAAACGGUUCAAACUGGAGGCGGCGAGUGUCAGUUUGCCCACGAGUCCUUGUGCGGAGAGCGCCAAUCUUCAAAGGACGUGGGUGCUGAAUAAUGUCAAGUGCAUGGACGAUGAUGCCCUCAAGGCGAAGAUGGAGGAUCGAAGGUCCGGACCGAAGCCCUACAUCCUCAUCGACUGCAGGCCCUUCAUGAGUUACAACAUGAACCACAUUUCGGGGGCCAUCAACGUCAACUGUUCGGAUAGAUUCAACCGCAGGAGGUUGCAGCAAGGGAAGGCCACUUUGGCCGAUCUUGCCACCACCAGGGAGGGCAAGGAGGUGCUGAAGAAGAGAUCCUUUCGGGAAGUAAUUAUCUACGAUGAUUCUACCAGCGACAAGGAGAGAAUAACCAUCGGGCAUCCCCUGCUUUUGGUGAUGACGAGUCUUGUUGAUGAUCACAAGGAGCCAGCGUUACUUAUAGGAGGGCACAGGGAAUUCCAUCGGAAGCACAAAGAACUCUGCGAAGACACGCUUGUGUCCGGUUUAUCGAACCGCGGACUGCCAUCUUCGGCCUCUUGCCCAGCCUUGGCAGAUGUGGAUUCCUAUCCCGCAUCUAAAGUUUUACCCUUUUUGUACCUGGGCAACAGCAAGGAUGCAGCUGAUCUUUCGUGUCUGCGAGGCCUCGGUACCACCUGCGUUCUCAACGUUACCUCACAACUUCCCGGCUAUCACGAAGAAUGCGGCAUCACCUACAAACAAAUACCGGCCACCGAUUCAGGACAUCAAAACCUAAAGCAGUAUUUCGAAGAAGCCUUCGAAUUUAUCGAAGAAGCCAGAAAGAGUGGUUCAAGGGUGCUAGUCCAUUGUCAAGCUGGAGUCUCUCGUAGUGCCACCAUAGCGAUAGCCUACAUAAUGAAGUUCAACCAGAUGUCAAUGGUGGAAGCUUACAAAAAAGUGAAAGAAGCGCGACCUAUAAUAUCACCAAAUUUGAACUUCAUGGGACAACUGUUAGAGUUAGAACAAAGUUUACGUAGUGAUAGUAGUAAUAGUAAUCAUGCCUGUCUCUGGAGUCAACAAGCUACAGAUGAAGUGACACACGGAUGCAGUGUGUAAUGAAUAUUCGAAAGACAUUGAAAAUUUUCAGUUUUUGUAUGGACAGAAAUAGUCAGCGGCUCGCCAUAGAGUUACAUUCUAGUCUUAUCUGUUUGGUUAAAUGGCUGUGUACCAUUAAAGAUAUUUCACAUUAAAAAUACAUGUAUACAGUAAACCUUAUUGUUUCGUGGUGUAUUUGGCUGAAUUUUGAAGCAGCUUCCUGAUUCGGUUAGCCUGUGUAGUAGAAAUACUUGUGUGAAGAAUAUUUGUAAAGCUGUAAACCACCUAAUUUGGCAGCAGUUUGUACAAUGUAUGAUUUUUUAUUUAUUUGAGUAUCCUAGUUUAUUUUGUAAACAUAUUGUUACAGGUAUAAUCCGAAUAUUUAUCGGUAUUAGAAAGCCAUAUUUAAUGUUUAAUUUAAGUUUGUUCAAUCUUAGUCAGUGUUUUUAAAGGAUUUUACAUGUUCAGUUAAUGAGUAACCAAGAAUCUAUAUUUUUGAUGAGGCGUUUAGGGAAAUGACAGUAAUCCAUUUUUAAUGUGUAUUUUAAGUUUUUUCAAUCUUAAUCUGAAAAAUUUUAAACGUUCAGUUGUCAGCAACCAAGAAUUUUUAAUUGAAGAUAUUGGGAAGUGUCUCUUGAUAUCCAUAUUCCAUGUUAAGUUUGAUCAAUCUUAGUCGUCAGUGUUUUUAAAGAAUUUUUAAUGUUCAGGGAUCGUCGAUUUUUAUUUUAGAGAAAUGACACUCAAUAUUCAUUAGUAUUUAUUGUUUAUCGUAGGAAUGUUGAAUUUUAGCCAAUGUAUUUCAAAAAUUGUAAAUUUUCAGUUAAAGAAAGAUAUCUUUGAUCUAUUGGAAGAUGUUCUUGAAAAUGACACCCAGUAUACAUUUUAAUGAUUCAGUUUGAUCAAUCUUAGUCAUCAGUAUUUUUUUUUCAGAAUUGAAUGUUCAGUUAAAACAGCGUAUGGAUUUAUUUUUAUUGAAAAAACAAAUUUUGAGUUUCAAUUCAAUUUUAAUCGGUGUUUUUAAAAAAUGUUUGCUCAUUUAUGAGUAACCAAGAAUCUAUUUUUAUUUUAAAGGCAAUUUAGGGAAAUGACACUUAAUAUCCAGGGUUUUGAUAAUUAUAAUUGUGAUUUUAUUAGUUUUUAAGUUACUUUUAGUAAAAUGCAGGUACAAAAGGUACAAGUGGAAAAUCUCUUGUAGCAGAAAUACCAGUUUACAAACACCUACCUUCCACUAUGUAUCCUUAAAUGAUAGUAACCUAUCAUAACAAGUGCCUUCACAUUUACUUGUAAAGUAUGUAUAGAGUUCAGACUGUAAAAUACAAAGCCUCAUAUAUCAAGAUUUCAUUUGUAAAUACAUAAAUGUUAUGAUA